AAGUUCCAGUGAAUUCAUCUCUUCCUUUCGACAAUGGCGCCAAAUUUAAACGAAGUAGUGAUUGUAUCUGCGGUAAGGACGCCCAUUGGGUCCUUCAGAGGUAGUCUGACUCCAGUAUCAGCGACGCAAUUAGGUGCAAUUGCAGUUAAAGCGGCAGUGGAGAGGGCUGGCAUCCCCAAGGAGGAAAUAAAGGAGGUCAUCAUGGGUAAUGUCAUCUCCGCAAAUCUUGGACAGGCUCCAGCAAGACAGGCUGCCAUCUUUGGCGGACUCCCGCCUAGUACUAUCUGCACCACUAUCAACAAGGUGUGCUCAUCAGGCACCAAGGCUGUCAUGUUUGGCGUCCAAGCUCUAGAAACCGGUACUCAUGACGUCAUCCUUGCUGGAGGAAUGGAAUCUCUCUCAAACGUGCCUUUUUACUUGAAGAGAGGGGACACUACGUACGGCGGCUUGCAACUAGCGGAUGGAAUACUCCGCGACGGGUUUCAUGACGCCUACGCCGACCAGUUCCACAUGGGACACUGCGCUGAGCACACGGCCAAGACAAUGGGUAUCACUAGACAAGAACAAGAUGAAUAUGCAAUGGCAAGUUACAAGAAAAGCGCUACCGCUUGGGCUGCAAGGGCAUUCGACGAGGAGUUAGUUCCAGUACCAGUACCCCAGAAUAAAGGCGAAACUAGUCUAUUUUCUGAAGAUGAAGAGUACAAGAAGGUCAAUUUUGAGAAGUUUACCAAACUACCCACUGUAUUCCAAAAAGAAAAUGGGACGGUUACAGCUGGCAAUGCUUGUCCGCUGAACGAUGGUGCUGCUGCACUGGUUAUGAUGACACGGCAAGCAGCAGAGAGACUGAAGGUUACACCUCUUGCAAAAGUAGUCGGGUAUGCUGACGGCGAACGUGAUCCCGUAGACUUUUGUAUCGCACCUUCCGUAGCGAUCCCUAACUUGCUGAAAAAAACAGGCAUCGACAAAGAUGAUGUUGCACUUUGGGAGAUCAAUGAACCCUUUGCUGUUGUGGGGAUCGGUAACGCGAGAAUCCUAAACAUUGAUCCUGCUAAAAUUAAUGUGCACGGAGGGGCGCUGAGUCUUGGACACCCAAUUGGCUGCUCUGGCGCUCGCCUUGUGGCCCAUUUGUGCUAUGCGCUGAAAAAAGGUGAAGGAGUAGCUUGUGUAUGUAAUGGUGGAGGUGGAUCGUCAGCCAUGAUGAUUGAAAAGUUGUAACUUUGUAGGUUAUGUUGUAAUGGUUCAAAAAGAUGAGAUUAUAACGUUAUAAAUCAGACAAA